AUGCCCCAGUGGCACCUUCUCGCCUCUACCUGGGAGUGCGCGAUGUCUGGUGCACUCUGCGCCUUGUGGCGUAGUUCAAGCUGCUUUCAUUCACCACGUUUGCUGGCGACAACGCCUCGCGUGUGCUUCUGCGAGACAGGUCAAGCAAAUUGUAAGAGAAUAACCGUUUGUCAACCUGGCACACGCGUACGUCGCAACGCCACCAAUGAGCAGGACCGCUUAUGUGUAGCUUGUGAAGCAGGCACCGUCUCUGAAUCCACCAACGCGCAUCAGUGUGAUGCAUGUCCCAUCAAUCGUUUCCAAGACAUGGCUGGACAGGCAUUUUGCCGCAACGGCACGCCGUGCGCGCCCGGAUCUGCUCGUUCUUUGCCGGCCCAUACCACGGUAGACACCGUGUGCCAGCCGUGUGACGGAAUCACAACAUACGCCGACCAAGCUGGUCUACUGGCUUGCAAAAACGUGACUGCGUGUGAGCCACAGCUUGAAGCAGAAUUAACGCCACCAUCACGAUUUUCCGAUCGGCACUGUGGCUGUAUUCUGGGCACCUCCUAUCGACCAGCUGCCGGCGCACCGUGCGUCGCGACAAGUCCCGUCUGUAGCGUCGCUGCCGGCGAGAUGUCUUUCCUGGGGCCUACAUUAACCAGUGAUCGAGCAUGUGUACCCAAGGACAGCACGGGAAGCUUGUUGUUGCGUGCAGCUGCAGACUACGAUGCUGUCCUGCUCACUGAUGAGGAUGAGGAGCCCAGGCUUGAGCUUCUCGUAGCGACGCUGAAAAAAGCCAUCCACGCCAUUGCGGGGAUUCCAUCCCAAUUGUUGCUCAACAUACAGCUUCACCGCGGUUCAAUUAUCGCGGCUGUCGAAGGCUCUUCUGCCCAGGGGCUCUUGCCUCUGUCUGCUCGGACCGAUGUGCAAGGCGGUCUCAAUGUGACUUUCGAAGGUCAUGACCUCAGCUUUCGAGCGUACGGUCCUUGUCUCACAGGAACAACAUCUGCAAGUGGCAGCUAUCCUGGCUGCCUCGCAUGUGGCGUGGCAAUGCAGCCGAACGACGAAGGUACUGCCUGCGUUCAUGCAUCGACACAGAGGCCGGUGACCUCAGGAGCCAUGCAGCCAGAAGGCUCUGAGCCGCAACAGAACCAGAGUUCCACUCGUCACCCCACGGGUCUCAUUGUCGGUCUCAUUGUGGAUGGUGGAACUUCGCCUGCAUACCUCAACCCGCUGUAUGAUACGUCAAGCUUGGCGUACUUGGAUCCGGAGCGCGGCUACGAUCGGCCUGAUCUGGAAUCUCUAUACCAAGAUUUGGAGCCCCUGCCCAAUGUUGAUCUGAACCCUGAGCGACCCGACGGCCUACCACUCGAGCAUGGCUCGCCCGAGCGCCAUUGGCACUCAGACAAAGAUAACGAGGCACGCCGCAUGCUGCAGCUCAACAUGGAAUACAUCGACGUCGAUGGUGCCACCUCUGAUGUAUAA